AUGAUUGGAUCAUCGAAUUCUCAAAACCCAACUGAUAUGCUUUUCCGAUUAUCAGAUUGCUCUGGCUUUGUCAACGCUACCGGUGGUUUCCAUGGAUACAGGGAGUUCAACAACCUAUCUAACGUCCUAGACCAGCAUCUGGGUCAGAGGCUCUGUGACGUACCCAGUACAUCAAGCAUGUUGCUAGGUAACACACCGUCUACUCAAUUACCUAAUGCAUCGUGCAGUUCGAAAAACAUUUCCCUGAAUACAUCCGGUACAUUAUCAAGCGCUUUCGGAAGUCAGACGCUUUCCGAAUGGAAGAUUCUAUUUCUCGUGCUUGUAUUGAUCAUGAUAACAUUUACAUUUGUUGGCAAUACUUUCGUGAUUCUGUCCAUCCGUCUCGAACGUCGGCUACAGACGCCGACCAACUAUUUGACGCUGUCGCUGGCAGUGACGGACCUCCUGGUGUCGGUACUAGUGAUGCCAUUGAGCGUCAUUAAUGUUGUCAGUCACGACACCAUAUUGAUACCCGUCGUGUGCCACAUAUGGAUAAUUCUGGACGUUAACCUUUGCUCCGUGUCAAUAUUCCACCUUUUGGUAAUUGCUGUAGACCGAUACCGGUCGGUAACCAAUAUAAACUACCGGUGUAAAAGGUCCUCCCGCAAGAUCUUCGGAAUGGUAUCUCUCUGUUGGAGUGUAGGCUUGGUCAUAUGUGUCCCGCUCGUGUUUGGGGUAGCUGACCCAAAGUAUGAUCCGAGCAUUACUGGAAAGUGCUUGAUUGACCAAAGUGUGUUUUAUACAUUAUUUUCUACAAUAUUUGCGUUCUAUAUACCUGCUAUCGCUAUGGUCACUAUUUACUAUAAAAUAUACAGAAUCGCCAAGUCGAGUAUUAGAAAGACAUAUUUCAAAAAGCUAUUGAAGACUGGCGAGAAAGCGAUUCGCCGGAGUAGCGCACCGGAGUGUUUAAAUUCCUGCAAGAGAAGACAUCGCACGAGCUUCGCCAAUUUUCGUUAUCAUUUCGGUCGCUCACGUGCAAGUCUCGACAGCUCAGGAUCUUGUUUAAGUAAUUCCUCAGUAAGUGUUCAGAGUCCAAGGCGCAUAAGCGGAAGUUCUCAGCACAGCGUCGACUUUCCCCAAAUUCAUUAUGGAAGAUGCAAUUCUCGGACUAGUCUAGACAGCUCUCAAAUUCAUAGGUCUUCUAUCAGCUCAAACAGUCGAAGAUCGGCAGUUACCGCUACAGGUUGCGAUACAGACAGUGGCUAUACUGAAUGUCAGUUCAGUCUGAACGGUAGUCAACACGAAAAGUGUACUUUCGACAAUCAACAACCUGAUACAAGAGACAAAGGGCACAAGAGUGUCUGCUUAAGUGUUAGCCUUGAAAACCAGCGGGAAAAGUUUACCUGGUUUCGUGCUAGUGUUAAUAAUCGUCAUGAAAAGUUUGUAUGUUCCUCGGGAAGUUCCGGCAAUCAUCAAGAAAUGGUCGGGUGUUCUCGGACAAGCUUCAAUAAACGCCAAGUGGAUACCGUGCAUUCUCGAGCCAGUAUAGAUGGGCGUUGUGUAAGUUUCAGUGACUCAAAUUUCGUACAAAGACGGAAAUCGUGUAUAGAACCAAAAGUUGAAAUCGGAUGUGGACGGAUUUCUCGGAAUCCUGACCAAGCGAUAAAUGUAAUAGCUGACUGUCCAACGUUGUCUGAAGUGACAGAAACUGAUCUCAGUGGUCAAAGCGGCAUUCAGAUCUUUACGAUUGGGAAUGAUGAAAAUUUUGAAGAGAAAUCGACGAGGUUUUCAGGACGUCCUGGAAACAUUUUAAAUUUAGCAGAGGAGAAAAGAAAACACGAGACGAAACGAGAGCGGCGAGCAGCGAGGACACUCGGGAUUAUAACCGGAACUUUCAUCAUUUGUUGGCUUCCUUUUUUCAUUGUUGCGCUUAUUUCACCUUUGUUAGAAAAUUCUGACGUCACGAUUCCGGAAUCUGUUCAAACAUUUGUUCUGUGGCUUGGAUACUUUAAUUGCUUGGUAAACCCCGUUAUAUAUACUGUUUUUAAUCCAGAAUUCCGAAAGGCAUUCAAAAAAUUAACAUACUGCCUUUAUUGCACGAAGCACAGAAUCCAUUAG